UUUUUCCACUCGCGCAAUCUGUUUUUGUAUCAUCAUGUUGAGGUUAGGGGUCCAUUUCAAAUUGAAUAUUUUAAUUCUCAUGUUACUGUUGUCGGUUUUAUCAAAAUUGGUGACAAAGGUAGGUGCUGCAGAAGUAGUUACUGCUAGAAAUUUAAAUAAAAUAAUGUGUGAUGCCGGUGAACAGAGUAUAAGCCAAAGGGCAUCAAGAUUAGCACCUCCUCUUACUCAUGAUUUACACAAGGGCCAAGCUGGCCGAAUUGGCGUUUUUGGAGGAAGUCUUGAAUAUACUGGUGCACCGUAUUUUUCUUCGAUCAGUGCUUUAAAAAUUGGAGCUGAUUUGGCUUAUGUCUUUAGCAAAAAAGAAGCGGCACCAGUCAUAAAAUCUUAUAGCCCAGAGUUGAUUGUUUUACCUUUACUUGAUGGUAAUAUAGAAGCUAUUGAAGAAUGGCUGCCCAGGUUACAUGUGGUACUGAUUGGUCCUGGCAUGGGUAGAAUGAAUAGUACUUUUAAUUUAAUAGAACAAGUCAUUCAAGAAUGUAGAAAUAAGAAGAAGCCGCUGGUAAUAGACGCCGAUGGAUUAUUUUUGAUAUCCCUAAAACCCGAAUUACUAAAAGAUUACCCUGCUCCUCUAGUUUUAACUCCAAACGAAAUGGAGUUUUGUAAACUUACAGCGCAAUCAUGUGAAACAAAUGCAGAUAAGUUAGAACGAUCCAAGAAUAUCCUGAAACUAUUUGGGCCAAACGCUCUAAUUUUAUGCAAGGGACACGAUGACGAAAUCCUUACGAAUGGAAAAGUUACUAAAGUUGUCGGAGGUGGUUCAGCAAGACGAUGUGGAGGUCAAGGAGAUCUUUUGGGUGGAGCUUUAUCUACUUUCUUACAUUGGGCGAUACUUAAAGGUGAAGAACCUGCAGUCGCAUGUUUCGCAGCUGCAACUUUAACUAGGAAAUGUAAUGAAAGAGCUUUCGCAAAAUAUGGUAGAAGUAUGACCACAACUAACAUGAUUGGAGAGAUUCAUAGUGUAUUCGAUGAAUAUUUUGAAUUAAAGUAAAUACAAAAUUUAAUAUCGA